AUGGACAACAGCACUGUCGCCAACAACAGCGGAUUGGGCGCGCCGGCCGCCAAAAAUGCUGGGCCGCAGUCUUACACAGAGGUAGCUUCUGAGGCUCCGCGUGGUAGGCUUAUGGCGGAAGACGCCGUGACUCUCAAGCGCCAGCUGCUGCUCGGCCAGCAGCUUCGCGGUAACGCGCACUCGCUGCAUGUUCACGAACUUGCUACGUUAUUUAAUUGGGGCGCCAAUCAUUAUGACGAGCACAAGGAACGGUGUGAGACGGUCUUCCCCGACAUGGAAAAUAAGUUCCCAAUGCUUUGCGAAGGUUUUGUUGUCAUGCCCGACGGCACAUGCGCGAUAGGCACCGCUGGCGAGGUUGCCCGUGCUAUUGGCAACAUAUACCAUCAGCUGUAUGACGCCUACCAUGGCGCCUUCCCCUCUGAAGACCCUUGCAGCCCCCUCGUGUAUGGCUCGCGCACGUUGACCAAGGACAGAACGCCGAUGUUUGAGCCAGCAAACGUCUCUGUCAACGCCGAGCUUGCCGACUGCCCAAAGAACCUGGCCUUCCAGCUGACCAACGUCUUUCAGUUUGGCGACAUUAAGUCACCCUAUGGCAACUGCGAGCUAGACACCAACGGCAGUGGCUACUCGUCUGGCGUGGCAAAUUUUAACACUGCCGCUGGCGACACCUGGCAGGUGAUCCAGGCCUACCACAACCUCACGGGCGGAAAUGACGAGUUUUCAAAGUACAACACUGUGCUUGCCGAACGAGCAGAAAACAGGGAUGGCUCUAUUGCCGGGCUAGAAGGCUUUUGCGAUGCGUGGAAGGCCCUUGCUUUGAACACAAAGUUUAUUUCGGCACAGGGCACGGUCUACGACAAUCUGUAUUUCACUCCGUCUCAGAUGCAGGCCAAAACACUUGGACUUAAGCUCAGCGUCAGUCUAGCGGCCUUUUAUGACACCGCUGUUUCUCGCGGCUCAAGCGACAGUGCAGGCAGCCUGGGCGGCAUCAUCAAGGAGGCCAAAAAGAAGGUCACCAGCAACAAGACAGGCGACUCUAAAAGCAACCUCAAGAUUAAUGGAUACACCGUCGAUGAAAUAGAGUGGCUGAAAAUGUUUUUGGACGUUAGAGCCAAGUACGACAGCAUUGGCAAAAAUCUGAACAUCAAGUCGUACAAGUACAUCAUUGAGCAGAAACAGUACACAUGGAUAGACAAGAUUGAUGUUUUGAACAAUAAGGGCAAGCCCGGAGAUGUCACCUGCGAGAACUCGUAUAAUCCGUUCGACAUCAGCCCGGGACAGAAGAUCAACUCUCUUGCGCUGUGCGGAAACUCGUGCUCGGAGGUUGAAAGCAAGAUGUCCAAAUCACGUUUGAGCUCUGCCAGUGGAAUAAAUAACUACGGACACUAUGCAAUGGCUCUGUGUGUCCUGGCUGCUUUUUUGCUUAUUUAA